AAUCAUUGUUAUAAUCAUUCAGGAAUUUGGGCAGUUGCUUUAUACUUUUAUAAACAAGAUAACCCUCCUCUCUCCCUAACUAAAGCUGCGAUUUCAGGGAAGCAUAAGCGUGAGCUAUUUAGGUUGCUAUGCUCGCCAGAAUUGGUUGUCAGUCGACUGUUCUCGGACGAUAUUUACGAGCAUUUUCCGUUCACCGGAAUAUUGGAAACAGAAUGAAAUCGAGAGCAGGUGUGAGUUCAGAAAUUUCCUGUGGGAGUGUGAGUUUUUCAUCUUAAACUGACGUUUUAAAUUUGCUCAUCAAAUUGAUUUACAACUAUCAAUGUCAUUUGUUUCUGUAAGCCCCAAAAUGAUUGUAUUUUAAUGAUCACUAAUAAAUUUAUUAGUUUUCGUGAAUCUUAAUCUUUCAUAAAUCACCCCCAAUACCAACUGUUUGCUAGUGCUGAAUUAUGUGGUCAGGCUUGUCGAAUUGAUAGGGAUUAUGAUUUUUGGAUUACUAUUUUUGGCCGGCCAGGAUCAUCCGUCACAGGAAAAGAUUUCACAUUAUGCAGGGAAAAGAAGGCGGAUAAGUCCUGAUAAAGAAUCUGGAGAUGGAAAAGAAAGCUUUUCACAUUUAUCUACUUUUAAUCCUAGUCACAGUAAUAAAAGGAAACCUAUAAUUGACUUGGGUGCUCAGUUUGAGCUACACGCAGACCCGACAAUUCAGAAAAUUGGUUCAAGGAGAUUGAGUUCGUUCGACCUGGAGAGAGACUCUUUGCUACCUAGUAGUUUUGGGAAGAAGAAUGUGUCUUCUGGUCGUAGUAAGUCAAAGCUUGAAAAAAUAAAUUCUUCAUCAAAAGUUGAAGUCAAGAAGUGUAAAGAAGUUUUGAAUAUGCACGAGCCAUUUGAUAUUUGUUUGUCUGAGAGUAGAGAAGGGGUCACUCUUGAAGCUCCUUUACAAAGGAAGGAGGGGGAGAAACAGUCCGAAGCGGAUCAGUCUAUUGAAAACAGUGGGAAGAUUCUGAGACCAGGAAUGGUUCUACUUAAGAAUUACAUCACUCUAGAUGAACAGGGCUCUAUCAUAAAGACAUGUCGAGAACUAGGACUUGGGAAGGGUGGAUUUUAUCGACCUGGAUACAAAGAUGGAUCAAAGCUACGUUUGCAUAUGAUGUGUCUUGGUCAUGAUUGGGAUCCUCAAACUAGAAGUUAUGGCAAGACAAGACAACAUGACAACGCUGAGGCAGUCCCCAUUCCUCAUGAAUUCUCUAAGUUAGUUUCCAAGGCCCUCGAUGAUUCUCACAAGUUGAUCGAAAGACAAUUGGAAAUGUGCAACCCAGAGGAAGUGAUUCCUUUGAUUACUCCAGAUGUAUGCAUCGUCAACUUCUAUACUGUAGGGGGGAGACUUGGUCUUCAUCAGGAUCGUAAUGAAAGCCCAGAAAGUCUUCACAAGGGAUUGCCUGUCAUCUCCUUUUCUGUUGGCAAUACUGCCGAGUUUUUGUACGGUGACGAGAGGGAUGUUCAGAAGGCUGAAAAAGUAUUACUGGAGUCUGGAGAUGUGCUGAUAUUUGGUGGGAAGUCAAGACAUAUUUUUCAUGGUGUAACAUCAAUUAUCCCCGACACAGCUCCAGUCUUACCUGAAGGCAUAAAGCCACUUCGCCCUGGGCGCCUAAACCUGACCUUUAGACAGAACGAAUUAUGAAACUUAUAUUCAUCUAAUAUUUUUAUUUGCAUGUGUUUCUCAAUGAAAUUGUAUUUCCAGCAUAUGCCAGAAAUGAAGCAAGUCCUUUCCUGGACCGAUACUGACCAGUUUUUAACCGGAAACUGACCUGACCAGACCAGCACAGGUAAUUGGUUAUUUUAUAGCCACAUUGUACAAAAAAAAAGUAUGACCAGACAGGCUGGUUCCGAUUUAUUUAAUAGUUUAAUAAUUG